ACUCUCCCACGCUGACUGGCAGCUGGGUGCCUGUUCGCUGCCUCUGGGCGUCUGAACCGGCUGGUUUCCUGAUCCUAGGCCGAUCCCUCGUCCGUGGCUCAUGAUCUUCGUCCGUCCCCAUACCCUCCGCCGUCUCCGUAGGCCUCGUCACUGUGGGGAAGUCCAUCCGGCGUCCAGCAUCAUCAACUGGGCGAUUCGCCGAUGGGUCCUCCCCGUUCCCAUCAUCCCUCUUCCUCUUCCUUCUUCUUCUUCUUAUUCUCCUUCCUCUCUGCCACCUGUACCCUCCGCUUUCUCUCCGUCUUCCUCCUGCUCGCCCUCUCGCCCCUCGCCUCUGCAGUAACCACGGCCGGCUGGACCGUGCGGCCGUCUAAUAACUCGGCGGAUCUGUCGUGGACUGGGGGUCUCCGGUUCCAGCUCAACAGCACCCAGGUGCAAUUGCCCGCAACUGUCCGACUUGCUCCUUUGACCCAGGACUUGGUCGAUCUCAAUCAGGCGGAACUUGCGGCAUACCUGGUGACCGGUAGUCUGGUGGAUGUGGACGCCACCAACUCGCUGUCACUGAACAGUAAAGAGAUCGCCGUGAUCAGCUGCGAUCCAUCUGCGUAUCCCGGGAAUUUAGAUGCGAGUUCGACUGUGGGCAACGUUCUCACCGCGCAGCAGCAGGCAGUGGCCGUGAUCUUGUACAGUGGGACGUCGCUGCUCUGCAACUAUACCACGGAUGAACCGUCGGCCAAUCGCUACAUCAACGUCUUCACCCUGCUGAAUCCGACUCUGGAUCGCCGAGUCCAGACCCAACUCAGUGCGCCAGGCAACGGAUCGACUACCAUCGGCACCAACAUGUCGUACAUCGGACCCACCGGGUCGACCUCGGACACGUCGUCCGGGUCGGGCGAUAGCCCGAAUACCGCGAUGAUCAUCCUGUACAGUAUCACGGGGAUUAUCACGGCGCUAUUCCUCGCCAUCAUCAUCACCGGUGCGGUGCGCGCCCACCGCCAUCCGGAGCGAUAUGGGCCGCGGUAUACGGCGGGACGACCGCGACAAAGUCGAGCGCGAGGGAUAGCGCGCGCCAUGUUAGAUACGAUCCCGAUCGUCAAAUUCGGGGACACGCACGAGGGCAAGCCGGAGGGCGCCAAGGGGGAUGUGGAGAUGGGGGCGGGGGUGGAGGCGCCGCCCACCGAGGUGACAGAGAACCGAGACGCCACGGCGGCGGAGGCGUUUGUCACCUCCCCUCAGCCACCACCCGAAUCCCAACCCACGACGGAAUCGAUGGCGGAGAAACGAUCCGAUGCCCCUGAGGCCGAGACGACGACGGACCACCCCAACUUCUCGUGUCCCAUCUGCACGGACGACUUCGUCAAGGGUCAGGAUCUCCGCGUGCUGCCGUGCAACCAUCAAUUCCAUCCGGAGUGUAUCGAUCCCUGGUUGGUGAAUGUGUCAGGCACCUGUCCUCUCUGCCGGAUCGACCUCAAUCCCCCACAGCGAGAAGGCGAAGACGAGCACGACCUGGGCGACGGUCACCCCGAGACGUCGCCAGAGGGCCCGGCAGAGCCAGGUGCGGAGAGUGGUCAUCCUCGUCACCGGCGCCUCAGCAACUACCUCCACGGCACGCUGAAUGCGCGGCGCAUGCGCGAUGCCAGCGUCGAGGAGCGACUGGCGGCGCUGCGGAGCGUCCGGGAGGAGGCCAACCGGGAGGAACCGACCGACGAGUCGGACGAGCGACUCCGCCGCCGCAGUCGACUGACGACGCGACUGCGCGAGCGGUUCCGGGUGCGCACGCGGGCCCACGGCGACGAGACCGAGGCGUCGUCGUCCGAGGCCCCGCCGGCAUGAGGAUUUGCCUUUGGUUCUUGUCUAUAUUCUUUCAAUCUACGUGCAUACGGCGUGGAUGAUGUGCUAUAUUGAUGAUGGGUAUAUAUGACGAUAUAUGCAUGGCCGGGCUGGCCGCCGGCCGAGUGGACAUUCCUCUCCUGCUUGUUUGGG